UUCACGCGCAUUGUUCUCCUCGUACUCAACUCUCGCAAUGGGUAAAUCACAGAAGAAGCGGUCGAUGCGCCGGCACAACCCCGUGCGCGUCCCGGACUCGCAUCUGCCUAAAGGACUGGCCUCCGCGUCGUCCUCGUCGUCCAAGACCGAGGCAAUUUUACCGAUCAUACAGAAGAUGGAGAGCGUUGAUGGUGCUGAGCGCAAGUGGGCUUGCGUUGCGGUAUCAAACUUGAUACAAAACGACCCCUCGACGCGGCGACUGUUGCAGGGGAAGAACGUCGUCGGCGCGCUGAUCACGAGAUUGACGGACGCGGAGGAGGAAGUUGUCGUGGAGGCCAUGGGUUCGCUGCGUAAUCUCUGCAUCGACGGUGGCUACGAUAUCUGCGCCGAGAUGUACAACAAGAAUAUCCUUACACCCCUCAAGACGUUCGUCCCUAAAAUCUCCACUACGCUCUCGCAAUAUCUGUCAGGCGACAAGGCAACGCCGGAGAAUGCACGUAAACUGGUCUACGAAUUCGCAGACAGUGUCAUCACGACUCUAUGGUGUUUAUCAGAAACCAACAACAAGGCGCUUAACGCCAUCAACGAGAUCAACCUCGUCCCCUUCCUUAUGUCCUUCCUAGGCGCGAGGGAUAAGCUUCCCAUUGGAACUGUAACCUCUGCGGCGCAAUGCCUAUACGUCCUUACCGACGACAACUUUCCCGCGAUCCUCGAGACCAGGUCAAAUCCGGACUAUGUUACCUGCCUGCUUGAGAUCGCCAAGUCAGGGAGCUCUGGAAAUGGAAAAGACAAGGAGGAGACAGACACUAGGCCAACAACGCUCCGCGUACUCGCUGCAGGCAUCCUCCGCAACUUGGCACCUCUGCCACCACCGACGGCAGCCUCCUUCGUAGAUAUCGACAAGGAGAUCGUGCUUCCAUUGUUGCAGCCCGUUGUUGCGGCUGUCGAUCUUCAGGAGGUCGCUGCUGUCGCCCAGCGGUGUAUAGCGCAGAUCGAAGCCGAACCACCAAAGGAGGGCGAAAUGAAGCACGGGCCUAAAUCCGAUCACCAAUCGGCUGCAGAGGUCGAGCUCGGCCAGCUUGAGGCGAAGUUGCGCACGCUGCAGCUCGCUCUGGAGAUCUUGACCGGCACCUGCGCGACGCUACCCGAUCCUGAGCCUGAAGAGCACCCUACAGGCGACGAAGAGGAUGAGGAGGAUGAGGACGGCGACGUCGAGGUCGAUGAUGCUGCCGACACUGCGCCGGUCUCUUCCGACGUCGGUGCCACCCGUAGCUUCCUUCCCGCUCUGGUUCCUUCCUUACUAGCGCUCGCGCAACCAACUGCACUUUCCUUCCCGCCCCUAGCUGCUCCUGCCGCGCAUCCGCCUACAACAUCUGCGCUCAGCGCAAUCCACAUCUCCGCGCUCGAGUGUCUGAACAAUAUCUUCCUUGGUCUUGCUGCCUCGCCUAGCGCACAGGUCAGCAGUGAUCUGGAUGCGGGAAGGCGGGUGUGGACCGGCUUGUGGUCCGCCCUCGGCGCCGUAGGCACAGAAUUUGGCGGCCUCGGUCAGGAGAGGCGGCGCGAGAUGUGGGACAUUUGCGUAGGUGUGCUAUGGGGCGCGGCAAUCGUGUGGAAGGGUACACUAGUUCCCGGAGAGCAGCACGUCCAGGUGCUUACGCAGUACUGCGACUCCGCCGCGGAUGAGCGUACGCGCGUCAAGUGCAUUGGCGCUUUGGAAUGCCUCGCUCAGUGCCCCGAGGCCGUCGACGCGAACCGCGUCAUCGCCGAAUACCUCCUCACCGCUCUCCCAUCCGGCGGAUCUCCCCCGCGCCUCGGAACAGAGCCCGCGCUACAGGCCGCCUCGGCCCUCAUCGACAUCUACUCCGACGAGAACAUGCCGUACGACGUGAACUUCAGGCAAGGCGGAUACCUUGCGCGGCUGGUCGAUUCCGUGGAGGGUAUGCGCAAGUUGGUGAAGGCAAUUGAUAGGAAGAAGGAGCGCGAUUUGCGGAGGCAUGGGGAGGAGGUUCGGGACAAUCUAGUUGCGUUCAUCGAGUAUAGGCGAGAGCUUGGGUUGUAGAUAUAUUUGUCAUGCUUGUAUAGUUAUGUGUAUCCCUCGAGACUCCCUCAGUCGGCUGUAUUGCGGGUAUCCUUCCGUGCCAC